ACCGGUCGCCUCAUUUUUCGAAGGGGAGGUAAUCAUUAACAAUGGCGACAACAAGCACAAUGUUGGCAUCUUUGGUGGUAGUUUUGUUGCCUUUUGCAGUGUUAGGAAGCACAUGUGUUUCACCAGAUGUCAAAACAGAAACAUACACAACCACUGAUGGUAUGGCUUCCAUGGACACAGUUUUUGUAGUAGAAUUUUCAUUGAAAUGUCAACAAAAAGUAGAGAAUUUAAAUUUAUAUGCUGAUAUAAAUGGUAGAACAGUACCAGCAACAAAGACAAACAAAGCUGAUAAUUACCAGAUUAGUUUUUCUGAGGAGCAUAAAAAUUUACCCUCAGGAUCCUACCAAGUAAGAUUAUAUGAUGAUGAAGGAUAUUCUGCAUUAAAGAAGGCUCAAAGAAGUGGUGAUUCAGAAAGCCAGAUAAAACCAGUCCAUACUUUUCACAUCAGCCAUCCUGGUGUAUGGAAAGGACCUUUACUACAGAGUGAAUUUGUGGCUUCCAUGGUUGCCAUUCUUGUUUGGUACUUCGCAUACACAGCAAAAGCAAAACUACAGUCCAACUAGAGAAUCCACUAACAUCACAUUUCUCUCAAAUCAUUCCAUCAUACGAAUACUUAAUUAUCAUCUUCAGGGAGGAUACAUAAAGACUCCAUAUUGUUCAAGGAGAAAGUCGUCAUUUGAAUUUUUUUGUUCAAAUUUCUAAACAGGAUUAUGAAUUAACUUUUAUUUUGAAUUGUUUAAGUAACAGUUAUAUUUGGGGGGAAAUGCAUCCUUGAAAAAGAAAAGAAGAAAAUAUUUUUUACAUAUAUAAAUAACAAGACAAAUUAUGGUUCUAAGAAAAGUUAUGCAAUCAUUUUAUAUUAAUUAUAUGGGUAUAUGUUAGAGUGAAAUAUUGACACCCAAAAAUAGAACUUACUUUGUUAUUUAUUUGAUUGUGUGUAAAAGAAGGUGUGAAAGUGAAAAGAAUAAAAAGUUUUUUAUUUUAUAA